AUGGCUGACAUGGAUUUAUUUUAUACAAAGCUCGUUCAAGAUAUUGAAACAUAUAUAAUCGAUGAUAAUCUAAAUAAUGAUUAUACUGUAACAAAAUAUGCAAAUGAAAACGAAGGUUGGAUACGAAUUGAAUUGCUCAGUCGUUCUAAUAGAUUAUCCUGUUAUAACUAUGAUACAAUAGUUAGCGUUUUAUCCUCUAAACAAUCCAAUUUAGUUGAGUUGAGUUCAUUUCAACCUCGAUGCAUACGUCGUCGAUGCCAACCAUUAACAGGAGAUAGUAUUCAAGAUAAUCGGAUGGUUGUUGUUGUUUCCGGUUUACCAUACGAUGCUAGACAUGGAGAAUUGAUAGAAUUUUUUAAUCGUUUCCAUCCAGUUAAAGAAAUAAAAAUGUUUUCAUUAUCAAAUAGAUUUAAUGGAACAAUUCAUCUUAUAUUUGAAGCAACUCAAGAUGCUAUUGCAUUUGUUUCACAAUCAAAAUUAAUACCGAUUAUUUAUGUCACCAAUAAUCUACAUAAAUUGUAUGAUGGUCAUACCCUUGUUUGUAAUAUUUUAAAUGAUGAAGUUAAUAACGGUGAUAUUAAAAAAAAUAUUCCACUGAAUUUUAUUAAGGGAAAAUCCUUUUCCACUAGACUUGGUAAUCGAUCAUCUCAUGUUGAAUUCAAUACAAACAUUUCAUUGACGAAAGAUAAUUCUGCUCAUCAUAAAAUACCAGCGAUACCUACUCAAACGAAAAACUGUUUGAAGUCGAACACAUGCGCAACAGAACAAAUUCUUUUCUGCCAAAACAUAACCCAAAGAAGACCAAUUAGAAAUAUUGAAAGCAAUAGACACAACAUAGUUCAUAAUAGAUUCGCAUAUGAACUCUAUAUUCCUAAUAGUCUUCUUAAACAUACUCUUGAAUGUAUAAUAGUAUCUGUAUUAAAUCCAUAUUGUUUUACUAUUCAACUAAAAGAAGAUGCAUUAGAAUUUGAUAAAUUUCAACGAGAAAUUAAUGAUUUCUAUAAUAAACUGGAUGAUAAACAAUAUUAUGUAAAACCCGAACAAAUUCGUAUUAACUUGUGCGUCAUAUGUUCCAAUUUGAACUCAUCAGAGAAUGAGAAGCUUUGGAGUCGUUCACAAAUACUUGAUUUUGAUUCAUCCGAUAAUACAGUUAAUUUAUUUUAUGUGGAUUUUGGUACCUGGGAAGAAUAUGUACCAUUGCAUCGUCUUAGACAUAUUACGGACCAAUUUCAUCAGCAUCUGGUUUUCUCUAUAACAUGCUGUCUAGCUAAUAUACUUCCAUUAAAUCAUGAAAAUGAUCAAUUAGGAUGGACAGAAGAUGCAACAGAACAAUUUUUAGCUGUUCUUGAUCAAGUACCAUCCGAAAUAGAACUUUUAUCAUAUAAAUCCAAUGGUUGUUUUCAAGCAACUUUAUCUGUUGUUAAUUCAGGUCAGCAUGUUUGUGUUAAUGAUUAUAUGGUGCAUAUAAAAAAGGCUAAACCUUUUCCCAAUAUGACAAAUAUUGAUGAUAAAAGUUCAAAUACUUAUAAAUUAGAUGAACAUUACAUGCGUGAUGAUAGUUCACAAAUUCAUCCAGUUGUUGCUUUAUAUAAUAGACUUGGAGAAAAUUUACAACAAUCACUUAUAGAAUCCCGGACUACAAGUAUAAGUAGUUCUACAAUGUCAUCUCCGUCGGUACCACCACAAGUAUACGUUAAAAUUGUUCACGUAAAUAUAGAAACAAACAAUAACAAUCGACAAAACAUUAAUAAUCAAGAACAACAACAAUUGAUGCCGAUUGUUUUUGUUCGCUAUCAAAAAACAAUUCUUGUGCCUGAUUUCAACAUUUAUACUUUACUGAAAAUGAUUGACGCGAAUAUUGAUAUUCAUACAAUAGAACGUUAUGCUUUGGCUAUUAGAUAUAGUUGUGUACAUAUAACACAGGAGUCUCAUUUUGAUAUAUUUGCACAAUUGAGUUCAUUAUUUGAUGUGAGAUAUUCAAAUGAAAUAGCAUUGUACACGCUUGACUUUGUUCGUUAUAUUCUUCAACAUUAUAAUUUUCCCAUAAAUAAUGUAUUUCGUGCAUUAGAAAAUGCUAAAUAUGCUCGAUUGCAUGUUUUGGAUCUCCCACUGUGGUUCACAAUGAACAAUGAACUUAACACUCCAUUGAUAUAUGUAUCCAAUAAUACGACGACUAAAAUCAAUCCAUUAAAUGACAAUAGAUCUCCUAUUCCUCCUAUGAGUCAACAAUAUUCCACUCCAGUCCGUCUUCCAUUUUCAAAUCGAUUAAUUAACCCGAUGUGA